AUGGAUACUCACAAGAGAGGACACAGCGACACUGUCUCAUCAUCCAACUCUAACGUUGGAUUUAAGAGGCCUAAGCAAGAUGGAAACCGUACCAAACAGAUUUGCCGUGAAACAGGAGUUAAACUACCGAUAGUAGAUCAUGAAAGAGGCCCAAACUUGAAGAAUGUGGAGAUUGAUGGAAACUACGAUCAGAUCAAUGAAGCGAAUGGGAGGAUGAGAGAGCUUAUAAGGAGGUUUGGAUCAGAUCCUGCUAAUUCUGCUCCCAGGAGCUCUUACAAAUCGGAGCUCUGUGAGAAAUUUGCUGCUGGGGAGUGUAAUUAUGGGGAUAGAUGCCAUUUUGCACAUGGUGUAGCUGAGCUGCGGGAUUGA